AUGUUCAAGUUUGAAUUUGAUCUUCAAGACGACCUUGACGACUUGGAUGCUUUUUCGGCUAGCGAAGGGAAGACGGUAGACGAGAAGUCGAAUGGCAAGGAGCUCCCAGAGUCGGCACAGACAUUCGGAGAGAUAUCUCUAGACGAUCUUUUCGGCAGUCUUCCGUCGUUGAUCUCGUAUUCUCCUCUUCAAGCCCUGCUGUCGUCCGGUGAACACUUGACGUUCGCUCGGCGGGACCUCUUCGAUGCUCGCUUCCAGCUCAUCUCAGGCUCCGGCGAAGAAACUAGGUAUGGAGAGGAACAGGCUGAGGACCACGCCACGGCAUUGCAGUUUCUCGACGCGCCGUCCGAUCUUGUACCGGGAGUGUACGAGGGCGGCUUGAAGACAUGGGAAUGUAGUAUCGAUUUAGCCGCUUAUCUGGAUGAGCUGAAGUUGACUUACAAUGGGAAGCGGAUACUUGAGCUGGGAUGUGGGACCGCUAUACCAUCUCUAUAUAUCCUACGCAGCUUGUUCUCAUCUUCUCAACAAUCUGAGGCGCCAUCAGAAACCAAUAUUCACCUGCAGGAUUAUAACCGCUCAGUGCUCGAACUAAUCACAUUUCCGAAUGUCCUCCUGGCAUGGUACUUAUCCCCAGCGUCUUUGUCAUAUCGAGAGAGCGCAGCAGAUCCACUACCGCCUGUGGAACCCGCCCAGCCAAACGAACUCCCCAUAACUCCAAGUCUCACGGAAGCAUUCCGUACUUCGCUUUUAUUAUUAAAUAUCAAAAUACGGUUCUUUUACGGGUCUUGGGACAGCUUCGACCUCUCCCGUGCGAACGGUAAAUACGAUGUUGUCCUGACCUCGGAAACCAUAUAUCGGACGGACAGCCUCGGGAGUCUCGUACAGCUCCUAUCCGACGCCUGUGCUGAGGAUGACUCUCUCGCGAAAAUGACGGAAGCCAAGUUGUCACUUGCACCCUCGCAGAAUGGCAGCCCCACAUCUCUGUGCCUUGUCGCGGCCAAGGUGCUAUACUUCGGCGUCGGCGGAGGGGUCUCAGACUUCAUCCAUGCGGUGGAGGAUCCAGAUAUCUAUUCCUGUAGGGAACGAAAAAGGAGAAGGGGGGACGUAGAGACGGUGUGGGAGAAGACGGGUGGUGUUGGCAGGAAAGUGCUUCGGGUGAAGUGGUCUUAG